AUGCGGAACCGGGGGUUUUCUCAUAUUUUCAGCCGCAAUUUAUGUCUAUUAUUGGAGGAGUCAUUGCCGAAAUUUUGGGAUUCCGCUGGCUGGACGGGGUUUAUCUUCUAUUUCCUUGUCAUGGCAAUUACUUCAAUAGGAAUUGCUGCCAAGGCCGGGUUUUCUGUCCGUCCUUAUUUUGAUAGCUGGAACCAGAUUCUAGUUGAUGGCUUUCUAGGCGGGCUUCUGGUAUGCCUAUUUGUUGCUUGUAUAAAGUUCUUUCUGUUCCCUUUUGUCGCGAUUAAUAUUUCAGAAAAUAAUAUUAUCUGUAAUGCAAUGUUCAAUACUUACUGA